AGUCAAAGUAAUUGAUUUUAUUUUGGUUGGAAACUGUAGAGCCUUAUUUGGAUGAAGAAGCCAAAACAAUGAGAGAGCAAAAUAGACGCUGGUUUUGAAUCUUCUGGUUUCCUCUGAAAUCAGAAAGUAUUAAUUCGGCGUAGCCAAAACCAAAACAUGCAGACGCAAUUAUCUGGCCAAUCGGCUAUCGCAGUUUAGGUCAAAUCCCUUACACCAUGGAAGAGUCAAAUGAAGUUCACUCAGAGGAGAAUAAAGCUUCUUCUGAUAAUAAGAAAAGAGUACUCAAGACACCAGCCCAGCUGAUGGCUUUGGAGAAAUUUUAUAAUGAGCACAAGUAUCCUACAGAGGAAAUGAAAUCACAACUCGCAGAGGAGUUAGCAUUAUCAGAAAAGCAGAUCUCUGGUUGGUUUUGCCACAGAAGGUUAAAAGACAAAAGAUUGUCUAGAGACGAAACAUGUGCUAAUGGACGGCAAGAUCGCUCAAGUGGUGUUAUUCAGGAUCGUGCUAGUGGACUUGGGCAAGACUCAUGUGGUAGCACUAAACAUGGAGAUUAUAGGUAUGUUGAUCCUAGGGAGGUCGAAAGUCGGAGGCUUUCUGGGUAUGAUUUCCCAGCUGCAGAUCUCACUCGUGAGAACCGGAUUCAUUAUACAGAAAGAGUUAGCAUGGAUAAUACAUCUUCAGAAAGUAGCUCAUCUCUACAAGAUCGGUUUCAUACUCAAACUGAAGAUCCAUAUGAUAUGGAGACAUCCAGAUACGUAACUGAUAACGGGGUCUUUUCACCGUUAAAUUCGAAGGGCACAGAAAACAUGGGAUAUAAGCCCUCAGGGUAUUUGAAAGUCAAAGGAGAAAUAGAAAAUGCUGCUAUUACAGCUGUUAAGAGGCAACUUGGGAGGCAUUUUCGGGAGGAUGGUCCACCAUUAGGUGUAGAAUUUGAUCCACUUCCUCCUGGUGCAUUUGAAACCCCGAUUAUGGAUCCAGUGCAAGAACUCUCAGUUGGUGGGGACGCUGCUAUUCUUGUUUCCCCGGACACAUCCGGGGUAAAAAGGCAAUCAAGUCCAAGCACUGAAAAACGUGGUAUUAUGCAUGGGGUUGAUAUGGUGGAGAGGAAACCUCGCAAGCAAUUGAGGCAAAAGUCCACUUAUCUUAAAGAAACCAAUCCUUCUGCUGGAAAAAACUCUUCCUUGGAUAUGUAUGAUAAGUUUCCUGGGGGAAUGCCUGGUUACAAUGGCAAUAGGAAGAACAGAAUGAGCUCUAAGCAUGGCCACCGUGGUAGGAAAAUCAUUAGUGAGACGACAGAGCCGUGGCCAAAUGAGUCUGAUAAAGUUUGUAGCCCCAACAUUGGCCAAAGGGGCGAUUACUUUAAGUCAAAGGCUUCAAAUUCUAUAGUUAAGCAUUCUGAAACUCAUGACACAGAGAGAGGACUAUAUACAAUGAUCCCACGGGAGGAGAACGUUGAUGGAGAAUGUAAGGCAGUCAAAGACUAUCCACUUAGAGUAACGAUGACAGAUGAAAUGGCGGUUGCAAAACAAGGCAGGGUUAAUUUUCCUCAACAAGACUAUGCAACAAGUGUGUCGUUUUCUCAAAUUCCACAGCGUAAAAAUCAGACUAAAGGAACUGCCAUGGAGAUGCCAUCUAGCUUCAGUGAGGAUGAAACUGCAGAAACAAACUCUUCCGUUGAUUGAGGAUCCCACAAUUGAAGGAUGACUGGCGUGAAGGGCUUCACGAGACUAUAGAGAUGUACAGUUGAAUAGAUGUAUUAAUUUGAGUACAUCGGAAAUGCUAUAUGUGGCAAUAUUCGAUGACCACUGGUUUGUUUAACCCAUCUGGUCGAUCAACUGUUAAUAUGUGUAGCGAUAUAUUUAUUUCUGCUUCAAUUUUUAUUUCAUUCAAGAGAAGAUAAAAGAGAUGACAGUUCAAUUGUAAAGCUGAUCUGUCUGGAUCUGCUAAGGGUUGGGUAUUAAAAUUAAAGCUGAUCCAAGUUUCAAU